CUCUUCUCGCCGCUUUGCCUUUAACAAAUUAUUUUGAAUCUAAACUUUCAAAUUGAUUUGUUAAGGGGAAGAUUUGAGCUCUAAAUCAUGGCAAAGAUCUCCUUCUUGCUUUUCGCUGUGGCCCUUAUGGCCUUUCUCCACGCCUACGAAGCUCGCCACGUGGUAAACUUGGGUGAAUCAUUUGAAAAGGACUUGCAUAAAGCCGAGGCCAGGAUCAAGGAAGAGUUGAAGGCCAAGAAAAUGAACAUUCGAGGUUUGACAUCUGAGGUGAAAACUUUGAGCAAAUCCGAAGUGGUGUUGAAUGAACUUGGAGAUGCUUACAAAAAGGACAAGAACUUAAAGCCUUACGAGAAGAAACUCAAAAACUUCAGCAAGAUUAUAAACCUUAAGAAAGCACCAGCACCACCAGCUGCAAAAAAGAAGAAAUCUGAAUCCAUCAUCCAAACGAUUUUGAAGGACUUUGGAUUAAACGGAGGGAGGAAUUGACACACACAAAGAUCAAAUAAAUCAUAUAUAUUAGGGUGUGAUUAAGGGUUUUAUGUGUUUUAAAAGGAGGUUUGAACUCGGCCAUGGAGUUUAGCUUUUACGAGUGAGAGGAGCGAAUAAUUCUCCCAUAUAUGGUAUAUAUAUUAGUUGCAUCAUGUUGUAUCUAAUACAAUUGAAUGAAAUAUUAAUACUACUUACUAUUCAUGAUAUCGUAAUAU